UUAGCUGGAGACUGGACCCAUUCUCUCUCCUCUAUCCAAUCUCCAUCUGUCCUAACAAAAUCUUCUUUGCUUCUUUCCUUCGUUUUGCCUCCCAAUCUCCCCUUUAUCGAAUUCCCAAAUCCAGUCUCCUCGUUAAUUAAGCUCGCCUCUGUGAGGCGGAGAGACCGGAGAAGGUGGUGCCGUCCGGCGUCCGCGAUGGGAUCAAGUACGGGAUGGCUCCCCGUGGCCCUCCUCCUGGCGGCAGUGGCCCUCUCAUCCGUCCUCUCGCCACCAGCUGCCGCCGCCGCGGAGGCCGACGGCGCCGACCACGCAGUUCAGCAGCACAGCGAACGCAUCUCAGGGAGUGCUGGCGAUGUGCUAGAAGACAAUCCCGUGGGAAGGUUAAAAGUUUUCAUCUAUGACUUACCAAGGAAGUACAACAAGAAGAUGGUCGCCAAGGAUCCUCGAUGCCUCAAUCACAUGUUUGCUGCAGAAAUAUUCAUGCAUCGUUUCUUGCUGUCAAGUGCCGUGCGGACACUCAAUCCCAAGGAGGCUGAUUGGUUCUAUGCACCCGUUUAUACUACUUGUGACCUAACUCCUGCUGGACUUCCCUUGCCUUUCAAGUCACCACGGGUUAUGAGGAGUGCAAUCCAAUAUAUUUCAAAUAAAUGGCCCUUUUGGAACAAAACUGAUGGCGCAGAUCACUUCUUUGUUGUCCCGCAUGAUUUUGGGGCCUGCUUUCACUAUCAGGAAGAAAAAGCAAUUGAACGUGGAAUUCUCCCAUUGCUGCAAAGGGCUACAUUGGUGCAAACUUUUGGACAGGAGAAUCAUGUUUGCCUGAAGGAGGGAUCUAUCAUCAUUCCACCCUUUGCUCCUCCUCAGAAAAUGCAGGCUCACCUGAUCCCUCCUGAUACUCCACGUUCAAUCUUCGUUUAUUUUAGGGGUCUAUUCUAUGACACUGGAAACGACCCUGAGGGUGGUUACUAUGCAAGAGGUGCGCGCGCUUCCCUGUGGGAGAACUUCAAGAACAAUCCUCUGUUUGACAUUUCUACUGAACACCCUGCCACGUACUACGAAGACAUGCAGCGUGCAGUCUUUUGCCUGUGCCCAUUGGGUUGGGCACCAUGGAGCCCCAGGUUGGUUGAGGCUGUGGUGUUUGGCUGCAUUCCAGUCAUCAUAGCUGAUGACAUUGUGCUGCCAUUUGCUGAUGCAAUACCGUGGGAGGAAAUUGGUGUUUUCAUCGAGGAGAAGGAUGUCCCAAAGUUGGACACAAUCCUCACAUCAAUGCCUAUUGAGGAUAUUUUAAGAAAGCAAAGAUUGCUUGCAAAUCCAUCAAUGAAGCAGGCUAUGUUGUUCCCACAGCCAGCCCAAGCACGAGAUGCAUUCCACCAGAUCUUGAAUGGCCUUGCCCGCAAGCUCCCACACCCUGAGGGUGUAUACUUACCACCUGGUGAGAAGCAUCUUAAUUGGACUGCCGGACCUGUUGGUGAUCUGAAGCCGUGGUAGUGAAGAACUUCCAUCCUGUUGGCCAAUGUUUGCCACAGAAGCCCCAUAGGAUUAGUUCAUACUUAAUUAUGUGUGAUGUAAGAAAUGCAGUGGCGCAGGUGCAAAUACACCUCAGCCUUAUCUAACAUAAUGAACAACUUGUAAGUUGGUAUUUUAGAGAGAAAUGAAAUGGUAUUGUUCAUAUGGAAA